GGGAGCGGAGCCCCUUCCCCGCCGCGGUAACCGAGCGCAGCCCCCGCGGCUCGCCCCGGGCCGGUCACCGCCCUGAGGCGACCCCGCGGUUCCCGCAGCCGUGCAGGCCCCGCUCGGCUCUUCCGGACUGCAUGUCCCGGCGGCCCCUGCGGCGCGGGCGGUGGCGGCGGAGCCGGUCGGGCCGCGGCCAUGCGGAGGGUGAACAGCAGCCUGUCCAGUGAUGAGCUCCUCCUGGAAGACUUGGAGACGGAAGGGGAGAGGCAGCUGAAGAGCCUCCUUCACCACCAGCUUGAUACCACUGUCUCCAUCGAGCAGUGCAAGUCAAAGCGAAGAUGCUUCGCCCCUGCAGCUUUUUACAAGCCUUUUGGGGAAGAGGCUGCAGGGGCUUUGACCUUGUCACAGUUCCAGGCUCUGCAGGAGAGCAACAAAGAAACUGCCUCUCUCCGGGAACUGGGGCUCUCGGAUUCGGAGAUCCUGCUCUGGAAGAACCAGGCUUCAGCAGAGAAGGGCUCUGGGCUGGGAGCAGCGCCAGAGGCCACGCAGGACCGACUCCAUGCCAUCCAGGAGAAGAUAGAAGAGCGUCAGCGCAUACUCGCUUUGCCCCAGAGGUUUGCUGGCAGCAAGCAGCUGAGCCGGCGGGAGAUGGAGAUUGAAAACGCCCUCUUCCAGGGAACAGACCGGCACUCCUUCCUCCGGGCGCUCUACCACCAAGAUGACACUCAGAAGAAGGUAACAGAUGAAAAGGACCCCAUGGUUCAUCUGGAGAGUGUUUACCAAGAGCUUCUGAGCAAGAAGGGGCCUGAAGAAGUCCAGCCUACCAAGACGGACCCAUGCUCGUGCCCUUCCCUGGUGCCACAGGGGCCAGUGGCUGAGGAGUCAUCACUUCCAGAUCAGGAAGAGCAAGCAGAACAGGGAAGAAGUCCCAGCCUUCCUGCAGCAAGGCCACACCAGUCCCCUCCACAGUCUGUGGUUAUAAAGGAGCCUGUAGAGUUUGUCCCAGAAGAGGAGAUCUGCAAGAACCGUCUUUCAGAGGAAGAACUCCGGAAUAUACCCAGGUUCUCAUCCUACCAACCUGGGGAGCCUAACAAGGUGCUGUAUUUGAAGAACCUGGGCCCUCGAGUGACAGUGAAGGACCUGGUGGCCUUGUUUGCUCGGUUCCAGAAGGAGGACAGCCCACCGAUUCAGUUCCGCCUCCUGAGUGGCCGGAUGAGGGGUCAGGCUUUUAUCACCUUCCCUGAUGUUCAGUCGGCCCAAGACGCCAUGCUCUUGGUGAACGGGUACAAUCUGCAGGGAAAGCCGCUGGUGAUUGAAUUUGGGAAAAGCAAGAGGCAGUUGCCAGAGUCUGACUGUGCUGUGCCGUGUUCCUCUGCUGGAGAGAACCCCCUUACCAAGUAAGGGAUGGAUAAGCUUGUGGAUUUGCCUGGGCCAUGGGAACUCCUUGGUCAUAACUGUGGCAGUGAAGGACUGUUAGGAGUUAACAUGCAGGUCCAGGAAUCUCAGAGCAGGGAAGGGAGAGAGCUGGGGACUGGGCUCUUCUUGAGAGAGAUGGGCACUGCCUUUACACUGCUGGGGCGUGCUGGCAUUUUCCUUCUGUUCUACGUGUGUGUCUGCUUUCUUAGCCCUUUGUGGCAAGAAAGGAAGAAGCCAUGUAAAUAAAUGUAUUUAUUAUGGUA